UGACCCAUUGUCCGCGGCUGCUUCUCCUAUUGGAGGAAUACCACGUUUCGGGCGCCUGGUGGGAAAUGCGACUAUUUGCAGACAAAAUGUGAUUGGCAAUACUAUCCGCCAUGUGGGAGGAAUGGCUGUUGUAAUUGCACUUGUUGAGGCUGCUGAAUCUAGAGAUAUGUUACAUAUGGCUCUUUCAUUGCUUGCAUGUGCCCUUCAUCAGAAUUCUCAGAAUGUAAAGGAUAUGGAAACAUACAAGGGCUAUCAUUUACUAGCUCUGUUUUUACGUCCCAAGAUGGCCCUUUUUGACAUGCAAUGUUUGGAGAUGUUUUUCCAGAUUUCUGCAUGCGAAGCGUUCUUUUCAGAGCCAAAGAAGUUGGAGAGGGGACAGACUACCAUUAGUAUGUCACCUACGAAGAAUAUGCCCGAAAACAAUUAUGAGGAUAUUAGUCUGUCAAAGUUUCAAUCUGAAACUUCUUCAGUUGGAUCUCAUGGAUAUAUGGAUGAUUUUUCAGCGCCCAAAGAUUCUUUUAGUCAGUUAUCUGAGCUAGAAAUUGGAGAUAUUCCUGUUGAAACUUCAAAUUGCAUUGUCUUAUCCAAUGCAGAUAUGGUGGAACAUGUCCUCCUGGACUGGACUCUCUGGGUGACAGCCCCUGUUUCCAUCCAGAUCGCCUUACUUGGUUUCCUGGAGAAUCUGGUCUCAAUGCUUUGGUACAGGAGUCACAAUCUUACAAUCCUGCGCCGAAUCAACCUGGUAGAACACUUGUUAGUAACACUUCAACGAGGGGAUGUGGAAGUUCUUGUCCUAGAAAAACUAGUUGUUCUUCUUGGAUGCAUCUUAGAAGAUGGGUUCCUUACUUCUGAGCUUGAAAAUGUUAUUAGGUUUGUGAUUAUGACAUUUAAUCCACCUGAAAUAAAGUCUCGAAACUCACCAAGGCGAGAGUCAAUGGGAAAGCAUGUAAUUGUGAGAAACUUGCUUUUGGAAAUGCUUAUUGACCUCCAGGUAACUAUAAAAGCAGAAGAACUGCUGGAGCAGUGGCAUAAGAUGGUAUCAUCAAAAUUAAUAACGUACUUCCUUGAUGAAGCUGUGCAUCCUACUAGUAUGAGAUGGAUCAUGACUCUUCUCGGUGUUUGCCUGGCUUCUUCCCCAAACUUUUCUCUUAAAUUUUCUACAAAUGGAGGUUAUCAGGGGCUGACACGGGUACUUCAAAGCUUUUAUGAUUCCCCAGACAUAUAUUACAUUUUGUUCUGCUUGAUAUUUGGGAAACCUGUUUAUCCAAGACUACCUGAGGUCCGGAUGUUAGACUUUCAUGCACUAGUGCCGAAUGAUGGAAGCCAUGUAGAGUUGAAGUUUUUAGAUCUGUUCGAUUCAGUGGUUGCCAUGGCUAAAUCUACAUUUGACAGAUUGAUCAUGCAAUCAAUGAUUGCCCACCAGUCUGGAAACCUUUCACAGGUGAGCGCUAGCUUUGUAGCUAAGCUUGUUGAGGGAAAUGUAGAUAUGACAGGGGAGCUUCAAGGGGAUGCUUUAAUGCAUAAAACAUACGCGGCACGGUUGAUGGGUGGCGAAGCAUCAGCUCCUGCUGCUGCGACAUCUGUUAUCCGUUUCAUGGUUGAUCUUGCAAAGAUGUGCCCUCCAUUUUCAGCUGCUUGCAGAAGAGCAGAAUUUCUCCAAAAUUGUGCUGAUCUUUACUUUUCGUGUGUCAGGGCUGCUCAUGCUGUGCAGAUGGUCAAACAGCUCUCAAUGAAAGCAGAGGAGCAGAGUCUAAGUGGUGGCGAUGAUAAUAGCACACAAGGCGUUUUCUCAAACUUGCCUCACGAUCUGGACCAGUCCACAAAAACCUCCAUCAGUGUUGGAAGCUACCCUCAAGAGCAGGUCAGUGUGAGUUCUGAAGGCAUGCCUUUACCUUCAGAUUAUGUGGUUACUGAUAAGAUGGAGAAGAUUCAUACAACACCGUCAGGGGAUUCAGAAAAAUCAUUUCAAGAUCGUGAGUAUGUCAAGAAACUAGAUGGUGAGCAUGUUAGCCCUGUAUCAGCUUCCAGUGAUCUGGAAUUUCGAGACCUUAAAGGUAAAUUAAGUCAAAUUCAGCCAACAGAUUCUCAGAGUUCUGAAUCCUUCUCGAUGUUAGAGUCUCCCCAUGUAUCUGAAAAAUCAAGUCUCAAAGGUCCAUUCACUUCUUCAGCAUCUCCGCUUUCAUUGCAUAUCUCAGUUAGUGAGUUUGAUGCAUCUUCAGAUCACAAGUCAGUUUCACAAAAUUCAUCUGCUGCCCAUACAUUGUUUAAAAUUAGUCCAAAUCUUCUCCUCAAAACUGAUGAAUCUGGGUAUGGUGGUGGGCCGUGUUCCGCUGGAGCAAGUGCGGUGCUAGAUUUUAUGGCAGAGAUAUGUGCCGACUUAAUGACUGAGCAGAUGAAAGCAGUACAGGCUUUGGAAAGCAUUUUAGAAAUGAUUCCUUUAUAUGUGGAUCCUGAAUGUGUUCUAGUAUUCCAAGGCUUAUGCCUAAGCAGAGUCAUGAACUAUCUUGAAAGGCGUCUCGUGCGUGAUGAUGAAGAGGAUGACAAAAAACUAGACAAAAGAAAAUGGUCUGCAAACUUGGAUGCAUUUUGCUGGAUGAUUGUGGAUCGUGUCUAUAUGGGCGCUUUUCCUCAACCAGCUGGAGUCCUUAGAACCCUCGAGUUCUUGUUAUCAAUCCUGCAAUUAGCUAACAAAGAUGGUAGGGUUGAAGAAUUCACUUCUUCAGGAAAAGGUCUGUUAUCCAUUGGAAGAGCAACCAAGCAACUAGAUGCAUAUGUUCACUCAAUCCUGAAGAACACAAAUAGAGCAAUAUUAUAUUGCUUCCUACCAUCGUUCUUGAUAACUAUUGGAGAGAACAACAUGCUUUCACGUCUGGGCUUGCUUGUUGAAUCUAACAAGAGGCAACCCUCAGAUGAGGAAUCCGGAAUUGAUAUCUCAACAGUUCUUCAGUUGUUGGUGGCAAACAAGAAUAUCAUAUUAUGCCCAAGCAAUCUUGAUACAGAUUUGAAUUGCUGUCUGUGUGUAAAUUUAAUCUCUCUACUCCAUGACCAGAGAAAGAAUGUGCAAAACAUGGCAUCUAACAUUGUCAAACAUAUGCUGGUUCACCGAAAGUCUGCUUUUGAGGAUUUGCUUGUCAGAAAACCACAUCGAGGACAAACCCUCGAUGUACUACACGGAGGUUUUGAUAGAUUGCUGACUGGAAAUCUUCCAGAAUUCUCUAAGUGGCUUGAGAGCUCCGAACAAACUGUAAAGAAAGUAUUGGAUCAUGGUGCUGCGGUUAUGUGGACUCAGUACAUAGCUGGCUCAGCAAAAUUCCCUGAUGUUAGGAUGAAAGGCAUGGAUGGUCGUCGUACGAGAGAGAUGGGAAGAAAAUCACGAGAUAUGUCGAAGUUAGACAUGAAACGCUGGGAGCAGCUAAAUGAGCGAAGACAUGCACUUGAAAUAGUGCGUGACACAGUGUCCACUGAGCUUAGAAUUGUCCGGCAAAACAAAUAUGGUUCGAUACUUCAUGCCGAGAGUGAGUGGCAAAAUCAUCUCCAACAGCUUGUCCACGAGCGAGGUAUAUUCCCAUUGCGUGUUUGCCAAGGAUCUGGAGAUCUUGAAUGGCAACUCUGUCCUAUUGAAGGUCCAUACAGAAUGCGGAAAAAGCUUGAACCAUGUUGCCUGAAAGUGGAUGGCAUCCGUAACUUACUAGAAGGGAAGUUGGAACUUGAAGAAAUUGAGCUACCCAAACCGAAAAACGAAGAUGGGUUGGUUAUUUUUGAUAACGAUUGUGAGCCAGAUUUCCUGCUAAGUGAACUUUACAGCGAAUCCUUUGUCGAAGAAGCUGAUGAUGUUAAGGAAAUUCCUUCUGUUAGAAAUGGAUGGGAUAACGAUGGAGGCAGUAGUUCAAGUGAAACGAGUGUUCAGAACGCUCUCGAUUUUAGUGGCAAGUCUAGUGGUACAAUAUCUGUUCUAAUCAGCGAAAACACAUAUGAAAAAUCAGAGACUGGAUCUCCAAGAGGGUCAUCUUCUGGUAAUAUGGAUGAAACAAGAGAUGUGGAGGAAGAAUCAGAGAAGGAACUUAACGAUGAUGGUGAGUAUUUGAUCAGACCAUAUCUGGAACAUCUUGAAAAGAUUAGGUUCCGAUACAACUGUGAGAGAGUUGUUGGUUUAGACAAACAUGAUGGGAUUUUCCUGAUAGGAGAACUAUGCCUAUAUGUUAUAGAGAGUUUUUAUAUCGACGAUCAUGGCUGUAUCUGUGAGAAGGAAAGUGAAGACGAAUUAUCCAUUAUCGAUCAGGCUUUGGGUGUGAAAAAGAAUGUCACUGAAAGCUUGGAGUUCCAGUCCAAGUCUAGCCCACAAUGGAGUACAAAUAUGAAAACCGGAGCUGUAGGGGCAAGAGCAUGGGCAUAUGGCGGUGGGGCUUGGGGGAAGGAAAAAGUGCGCGUGACCGGUAACUUGCCACAUCCUUGGCGUAGGUGGAAGUUGGAUAGUAUUCAUGAAAUUUUGAAACGUGAUUAUGAGCUGCGUCCAGUUGCUGUUGAGUUAUUUAGCAUGGAUGGAUGUACUGAUCUCCUUGUGUUCCACAAGAAAGAGAGGGAAGAAGUCUUUAGAAAUCUUAUUGCCAUGAAUCUUCCAAGGAACCGCAUGCUGGAUACAACCAUUUCAGGAUCAGCGAAACAGGAAAGUAAAGAGGGAAGUCGUCUUUUCAAGUUAAUGGCAAAGUCAUUCACCAAAAGAUGGCAAAAUGGAGAGAUCAGCAAUUUUCAAUACCUAAUGCAUCUCAACACCCUAGCCGGACGUGGAUACAGUGAUCUCACUCAGUAUCCGGUAUUUCCAUGGAUUCUAGCAGAUUAUGACAGCGAGAGUCUUGAUUUGUCAGAUCCAAUGUGUUUUCGGAAGUUUGACAAACCAAUGGGUUGCCAGACGCCUGAAGGAGAAGAAGAAUUUAGGAAACGAUAUGAGAGCUGGGAUGAUCCAGAAGUGCCAAAGUUUCAUUAUGGUUCUCACUAUUCAAGUGCAGGAAUUGUUCUCUAUUAUCUCAUUCGCCUCCCACCUUUCAGUGCUGAAAACCAGAAGCUCCAGGGUGGUCAUUUUGAUCAUGCUGAUCGACUUUUCAAUAGUAUUAGAGAAACUUGGCUAAGUGCAUCUGGGAAAGGAAAUACAUCAGAUGUGAAAGAACUAAUUCCUGAGUUCUUCUACAUGCCCGAAUUCUUAGAAAAUAGAUUUAACCUUGAUUUUGGUGAAAAACAGUCAGGAGAAAAGGUGGAUAAUGUCUUUUUACCUCCUUGGGCUAGAGGGAGUGUUCGUGAAUUCAUCCGCAAGCACAGAGAAGCGUUGGAGUCUGAUUAUGUUUCAGAGAAUCUGCAUCAUUGGAUAGAUCUCAUCUUUGGGUACAAACAGAGAGGAAAGGCUGCAGAGAAAGCUGUGAAUGUUUUCUAUCAUUACACCUAUGAGGGGAAUGUGGAUGUUGAUGCAGUUACGGAUCCUGCCAUGAAAGCAUCUAUACUAGCGCAGAUUAAUAAUUUUGGACAAACGCCUAAGCAACUGUUUCAGAAGCCUCAUGCUAAACGAAGGACGGACAGAAAAAUCCCUCUGCACCCUCUGAAACACUCGACGCAUCUUGUUCCUCGCGAAUUACGCAAAUGCUCAUCAUCUAUAAACCAGAUCAUCACUUUCCAUGACAAGUUGCUUGUCGCCGCCUCAAACUGUUUCCUGAAACCGAGAGGCUAUAGGAAAUACAUAAGAUGGGGUUUCCCGGACAGAAGCUUGAGAUUUAUGAGCUAUGAUCAGGACAAGCUCUUAUCCACCCAUGAAAAUCUCCACGAAGGCAACCAGAUCGAGUGUGCUGGUGUUAGUCACGAUGGGCGCAUCGUCGUCACCGGAGCAGAUGAUGGUCUGGUUUCUGUGUGGAGAGUCAGCAAGGAUGGUCCGCGUGGCUCGCGGCGUUUACGGUUAGAGAAAUCCCUUUGUGCACACACAGCCAAGGUCACUUGUCUGCGUGUAAGCCAACCUUACAUGAUGAUUGUGAGCGGUUCAGAUGACUGUACAGUUAUCAUAUGGGAUCUCAGUUCAUAUAAUUUUGUGAGGCAGCUCCCUGAAUUCCCAGUUCCUGUUUCCGAAAUCUACAUAAAUGAUCUUUCAGGAGAGAUCAUAACUGCUGCUGGAACUUUACUCGCAGUGUGGAGCAUCAACGGCGAUUGCCUUGCCGUGGUUAACACAUCACAGUUGCCAUCCGAUUUUAUAGUGUCAUUAACAUGCUCGACGUUUUCUGACUGGCUGGAAACAACUUGGUAUGUGACUGGUCAUCAAAGCGGGUCUCUUAAAGUGUGGCAGAUGGUACAUUGCACUGAUCCCGUUGGUGCUGAGAUCAAAGCUGCUAGCAACAGAACAGGAUGGACAAAUCUUGUGCCGGAAUACAAGUUGCUUCUACACAAGGAAUUGGAUUGCCAUAAGCAACCGGUCACAGCUCUGCACCUCACGGCCGACCUGAAGCAAUUGCUGAGUGGUGAUUCUGGUGGACGGUUGAUUUCAUGGACAGUUCCAGACCAGAUACUAAAAGCUACACUCAAAAGUGCUCUCAUAGCUCAGAAUCUUAAGCAUCAUCAUGUAGAAGCUAGGAUUAGAAUCUAAAGCAAUCACUAAUGGUAGAUGAGAAUCAGAAUGUUCAAUGUAUUUGAUCGAAAAAUGGUGAAGCAGCAAAGGGAGGGAGAAACUGGUACAAUAAUAACUUACAGGCUUUUGUGUUGAGAAUUUGUGUAGAUAGAGCUAAUAGGAAAUUUAUGUAAAGUAAUAGUACAGUCCCAUCUCUAAAUUCUCAGAUGCAAAUUUUGUAAUCAUUUAAAUGUUUUUACUGUAGCUUAGAAACUUAUAAAACAAUGGGUUCAACAUUAACGGUGAUACUUCUGUUUUGAAACUGUAAACCAGACAACAGUUUCAUUUUUUGUUUUGUUUUUAAA